CAGAGAUCUCACGAACGAAUCGAAGGAAGCGGGAAUCUGGCAGAGCCACACAGACUUACAAAAGAUCUACGGCAUGACGGAUGAAUCGUGCAGGCCUUCUACCUCCGACGAUGGCCGUCUGCGGCGCGAUGGUGACUCACGAGGCGGCUCUGCUUCAUCAUCGACGCUGACUGCAUCGUCCUGCACGACCCUUGCUGUCGCUUUGGUGCUUGCCAUUGUGGCUCUCGCUGCCGACGCCGCCUUCGUCCCCCCUGCGGCCCAUAUUUCCGCUGCACGGAGGACGUCCUCUCGAUGGCGGCUCAGCCGACCUGCUGUGGAUCAUCAUGGAGGAGUGCCGUUAGCGUGUCUUGGAGCGGUGGAUGAGACCGAGAGGGACACAUCGACAGGUCGGUGGGGUCGCCUGGGGUGGGGUGAGAAGCGCAUACAAUACAUGAUGCGAUGCGAUGCGCAGUGCAGACGUGUGUGUAUUGUGUGUGGCUGGUAUGUAUAUAUGUAUGUAUGUGUCAGGCGCACAGUCAUCUCCUGCGCCUCGACGGCGGCGCAGGCGCGUGGCCGAAGAACCGAAAACAGAAAAGGCGCCACUCGUCAAUGGUGCAAACUGCCUGUCACUCACCCUCUUUCAAUCUUUUUAUGUGUCUGUGUCUGUGUCUGUGUCUGUGUGUGUCGUUGAUCAGUGUGGGAUGAGGAUGCUGACGAUGACUUGGCCGCUGCAGUAGAAGCCGAGAGGGCCAAGUGGGCCUCCCUGCCCUCGAGGGCGCAGCAGCAGGGGCAGGACGAGGGCUGGAUGACCAAAGCAAGAGACUCCCUCUCAACCAUACUUGUGGUUGGUUCGGACACACACACAGACACAGACACACAGACAAAACACGCAGCCGUCGGACAUGAAGGCCAAGUGCAUUCAAUUCAUCUAUCCCCCGUUCGUUCGUUCGUACGUGUCUGUGCUGUGCCACAUGUGGUUGCAGGUUGACUUCUUUGUGGUGUUGGUGUUUGUGUUGUGGUUUGUCUUUGGGACCAUUGCCAACGCGGCCUUCAACGCGCCGGCCGCCAUCCAGGCCUUCGACCUGCUCUGGACGCCAGUGGUGCAGCCCGCAUUGGGCAUCCUCAUGCUCGGUCAGUCCGCCAGACUACAAGCAUACAUACACGAGUCACGACGAAGCCUUGUUGUGUGUGUGUGUGUGUGUGUGUAUGUGUAUGUGCAGGCACGUUGGGCAGUGCGGGUGCAGGGUGGGUGCAGGAGAAGAUGGUGGGCGGCAAGCAGGAAGGCACCUGAACUGAACCAUUGUCAUCAACAGAGAGGAGACGACACUGUAUGAGAAGGAGAGAGAAAGUGCAAUGGCUAGAUCUAAGCCGCAAGAGAGUCAAGAGUGUCCGCGUCCCUUGUGGUGUGUACGUUCUCUCGCCGCGACGCUAGGGGCGGUUCUGGCGAGCUGUGAGCUACUCGUGACGUUUCGGCCAGAGGACUGACACACCAG